UUCGCCCUCGGCGGGUGCCUGGCCCGCCCUUUCCCCCUCGGGCGGCCGCCAAGCCUGAGGUAAAUCCCGCUGCUCCUCCCGCCUCGCUUCUCCCUCAGGGCGUUCCCCCUCUUCCCUGAGGCGGCGCCAUUUUGUCCCUCCCUCAGCGCGGCCGCCUCAACCCGCCUCGGGAGCCUCCGCCCGAGGGCCUAGGGGAGGGUCUGGAGGCGCCUCCCGGCCCUCCCCUUCCCCCUGGGCGUUUAUCCCCUCCUGCCUCCUGGGUCGCUUCCCAGCCCUCCUCUUCGGAGGAGGAGUAGGAGGCGGGUGGGAAAAUGGCGGCGGCCGCGGGUCCGGCGCAGCCCUGGAGCGCGGAGGAGCUGCGGAGCGAGGCGCUGGCCAAGAAGGAGAUCAUCAAAUUCCUGCAGGAGCACGCGGCGCAGGCGUUCCUGGCAGAGCACAAGCUGCUGGGGCAGGUGAAGAACGUGGCGAAGACGGCGAAUAAGGAGCAGCUCAUCGCGGCUUACACGCAGCUUUUCCACACGCAGCGGUUCAAGGGCACGGACGGCGCGGAGAAGGCGGCGGAGAAGGCGAAGCCGGCCAAGGCGGAGGAGGCCAAGGGGAAGGCGGUGAAGGCUGAGGAGGCUGCGGAGGAGGGGCCACCAAAGUAUACAAAAUCCAUUUUAAAGAAGGGCGAUAAAACCAACUUCCCGAAGAAAGGAGACACUGUGCACUGCUGGUACACGGGAAAGCUGCAGGACGGGACAGUCUUCGAUACCAAUAUUCAAUCAAGCUCAAAGAAGAAAAAAGCAGCCAAGCCCUUGAGUUUCAAGGUUGGCGUAGGAAAAGUGAUCCGAGGUUGGGAUGAAGCCCUGCUGACCAUGAGCAAAGGAGAGAAGGCCCAGCUGGAGAUCGAGCCCGAGUGGGCCUACGGCAAGAAAGGGCAGCCUGAUGCCAAGAUUCCCCCGAACGCAAAGCUCUUCUUUGAAGUGGAGCUGGUGGACAUCGAGUGAGGAGUGAAUUCCCUCUGCUGCUGGGAACCCAGGGAUGGGCCUUGGAACUCGGGGCUCCAGUUCCAGCCUGGCCCUGUGGAAAGGGAGCGCUGUCCCUGCCCCUCUGUACAGUGACACCACUAAACCAGUUUGUACCCUCGGUGCCGUCCCUUCUUUGUGUCUGAGCUCCCCCACCCUCCCCUGGGAGGGCUGCAGGGCCACAGGGAUCCUGUGGAAUUCCACAGCAUUCCCACUCCUCUUCAGAGGUAUCAACACCAGUGUCAGGCACUCUGCUCCCAGAGAUCCACGCAUUCCCAGGGUGUCCCUGUGCCACAGCCCUUCCUCGGAACACCUCGUGUUCCUACUCCUGGCUUGACCACCGAGGCAAUCCAAGAAGGCUCAGAGCACGGCUGAAUUCCUUGCUUUUAUUACAAAAAUGGGAAUGAUCACUUUGAUCAAAAUGAAAAAAGUUUUGCUCACACCGUGUACAUGAAAAACUCCAAAUACAAAAACCAUCCCAAA